AUGAAUAUUUUAACUUAUUUAAGAUCAAGAGUUCUUCACGUUAAAUUGUAUGGACCAAUAGACACUAAAAUUGCUCCUGUAUAUACUUUUGCUUAAGACAAAGUUUUAAAUAGUGCUAAUUUAAUUUUAGCAUCAGGAAAUAAAGUAUUUGCAAAUAAAUAUUCGAUUUUGGGUGAUUUCGGAUAUGUCUAUAAUGGAUUCGGAUAUAAAGAUGCCUUAAAAAACGUAUAAGUAGAUUUUAUACAUACUAAAUAAUUAAAAAUGAAUCCUUUUUAAGAAUUCCUUACUGAAGAUAAAUAAUGGAUGCUUAAAAGAUUAUAAGAUUAAGAAUAAUAAUUAAAAGAAUUAGUUAUAGAAAAAAGAUUAGAAAAUUUUAAUAAAUUAAAACUUUCAAAUGAAGUACUUAAUUAAAAUUUACUUAAUUAAGGUGCUAUAUAACCUGAAUAGGCUUUAAAAUACGGACUUAUUGAUGAAGUUAAUUGUAUAGAAGUUAUUUUAGAUAGUAUGUAUAAUAAUAUUAGGGUUUUAGAUUAAGUAAGAAUUGGUAAUGUUAGUUAUAUAAUAUCAUAAAAUAAAAAAAUUGCUAUGGAAUUAUUUGGUUGA